GACAUCCACCUGCUUUCGGUUAACCAAUAGACUGCUCGUGGGCUUUCAUCACAAGAGUAAAAGGGCUUGGUGGUAUUUGUUAGAUACUCACUUUGAAAGAAACUUGUCUCAGACAUCAUGGUGAUCCAGCGGACAUUGAGAAUUGACACUGAAAAAACGACCCACACGACGUAUGUGAUCGGAACCGAGCUGAUUGUGAAUAUAGACAGGUGUGCCCCACCCGAAUCCAGGUUUUUCUCUGUAAGAUGCUCCCCCAAAAUACAUUACAAAAUCCUGCCCGUGGCAAAAGACCAGAAUGCCGCCGCAUACCCACUUACCCCAAACUCUCUCCUAUUCAUCACUAUGGACAUAGCCAGCGAGGCUGCAAAUGACAGGAAGUUAUCUGUGAGGUACUACAAGGAAAAUAAAGAUACGAUUGGAAACGCCGUGGUGCACUUUACAGUAGUCGAGAUAUCUCUGGAUGUAGACGCAGACCGAGAUGGCAUUGUUGAAAAAAACAAUCCAAACAAGGCAUCAUGGAAGUGGGGUCCUAAUGGCCAUGGGGCGAUUGUUCUGGUCAACUGUGAUUCUGAGUCGGGAUACUAUAAGAAAAUAGACUCGGAAAAAAAAGAGAUAACUAAAGUCUCCGAUUUGCAGGACAUGUCUAAGAUGAUCUUGCGCAUCAACGGGCCAUCCGAACUUCCCGAGGGCUAUAAACUGAGCAUGCACAUCUCAAAGUCGGCUUCUGAGAGCGUCCGAGUCUUCAGACCUCGAGUCAAUAAAGGUGGACAAGCAGACAAGUGGCAUUACAAAUUCCUGAAGUUAUUCCUGAAGGAUUAUGUCAUGGUGGUGGGAAAGGACGUGUUGGCAGAUGAAGUGCCCUAUCUGGGAGGAAAAACUGAAUUGCAGUUCUAUGUAGAAGGCCUUCGUUUUCCCGAUAAAGACUUCGACGGCCUUGUCACCAUCAACCUUAGUCUACUAGAACCCAGUGGAAAGGGUUGCCCUGAAACCCCCAUCUUUACAGAUCAGGUCAUGUUUCAUGUUUCUCCAUGGAUCAUGACCCCCAACACCCUCAAACCCAUCACGGUGUUUGUUUGCAGCACCGAUGAUAACUUCGCAUUCCUGAAGAGCAUUAGGAAAUUGGUGGAGAGCAGUGGGUACAAACUGAAAGUGUGUCACGAGUACAUGAACCGAGGUGAUCGCUGGAUGCAGGAUGAAAUUGAGAUUGGCUACAUUGACGCUCCCCAUCAUGGAUUCCCAGUUGUACUGGAUUCUCCUCGGGAUAGGGGACUUGAGGAUUUUCCAUAUGAUGUCCUUCUGGGGCCAGAUUUUGGUUAUGUGACACGGCACGCUCUGGAUGAGAUUGUGACUAGUCUGGACUCCUUUGGUAAUUUGGAGGUUAGCCCACCAGUUACAGUGAAUGGAAAGAGUUACCCGCUCGGCAGGAUUAUCAUCGGAGUGGCUUUUCCUACUGCAACACUUGGUCGCAACAUGACCCAAGUCGUCCAGGAAUUCCUGUGGGCACAGAAGGUUCAAGAGCCAAUCGCUCUCUACUCUGAUUGGCUGGUUGUGGGUCAUGUGGACGAGUUCUUGUCUUUUGUCCCAGCUCCUGACCGAAAGAAAUUCCGGUUGCUGCUGGCUAGCCCUGACGCUGGUUACAAAGUUUUUAAAAGUUUACAAAACAGUGGGCAUGGAAAAGCCGAAAUGUUUCCUGGUUUAGAAGAGGCUAUCACCGUAGACGACAUCUUGAGUGACAAGCAGCUACAGGCUGAAAACAAUUAUGUGCAGAACUGUAUCGACUGGAACAGAGAUGUUUUGAAGAAGGAACUCGGUUUGGAUGACGAUGACAUAAUUGAUUUGCCUAUCUUGUUUAAAAUAUUGAAAGAAGAAGAGGAGGGUGACCGCAGAGCUGUGGCUUACUACCCAGACAUGGUGAACAUGCUUGUGUUGGGUAACCAGCUGGGCAUCCCAAAGCCGUUUGGGCCUCAGGUGAAUGGCAAAUGUGCCCUGGAGACGGAGGUGUGUUCUCUUUUGGAACCCCUGGGACUCAAAUGUACCUUCAUAGACGACUUCGCCCCCUACCACAAAAAGCUGGGUGAAGUUCACUGCGGUUCCAAUGUUCUUCGCGAAGCAUCGAAGUUCAGAUGGUGGAACCUAGAGAUGUGAGAGAGAAGAACAUCUAGGCAGAAGAGAUUUCUCAAAUUGACAUUUUUUAAAGUGAAAUUUAUUCUUUAACGGGUAUUUUUAUCAGGUCUAAACUAAACAAAUACGUGCCUUAACCAACAGAGUACUAGCAGAGCAAUACCAAAUCAUUUCAAAUACUAUCUAGUAAAAGGUAACAAAGCGUAAAAGACUCACCGAAAUGUAAAAUUGAGUCAUUUUCUUUAAAUGUCAGAUCUGUUUACUCUGAAUACCAAUCAAGCUUUGUAUCUUUGGUU